CUUCUUUCUUAAUAGCUCUCCCCCAAUGCUCCCGAACUAAGCCCGAUGCAAGUUGUCCCCCUUUCUUCCUCCUCCAGGCGGGUUGGGGUGUCUUGAGUUGCCGCGGCUGCCUUGUAUGUGUCAGGAGAGUGGCAGUGCCAUGCUGCUGGGAACUGUCCCCGGAGAGCAACCCAAGACCCCAGCGGGGUCGCUUCCUCGUCCUCUCUCGGUCCCCUGGGAACGGGCAAGAAGGGAAAUCAAACUUUAUUCCCCUCUGUGACUUCCUGCGUUGUGUGUGACCAGCUCCCUCGAGAUGGAUGCUGCAUUGCUUCAGGAGGCAAGCUCCAUCCCCUCGGGUCUUUAGAAGUCCUUUCAGUGGUUCUUUCGAGGGUUGGUUUAUAAGGUUGUUCACGCGUGCCUGAAGAAGGAAUGGUGGGCAGCAGGCACAAGAGAAGGGUAUAUGGUACACCAGAGGCUCUCUUCCUGGCAGAAUUUGAGAGUUGUUUAUUGCAGUACUGUUGUGCCCUCUGAUGAUGUGACAGUGGUUUAUCAAAAUGGGUUACCUGUGAUAUCUGUGAGGCUACCAUCCCGGCGUGAACGCUGCCAGUUCACACUCAAACCUAUCUCUGACUCUGUUGGAGUGUUUUUACGACAAUUACAAGAAGAGGAUCGGGGAAUUGACAGAGUUGCCAUCUAUUCACCAGAUGGCGUUCGAGUUGCUGCCUCAACGGGGAUCGACCUCCUCCUCCUUGAUGACUUUAAGUUGGUCAUUAAUGACUUAACAUAUCAUGUACGGCCACCAAAAAGAGACCUCUUAAGCCACGAAAAUGCAGCAACGCUGAAUGAUGUAAAGACACUGGUCCAGCAGCUAUACACCACACUGUGCAUUGAGCAGCACCAGUUAAACAAGGAAAGGGAGCUUAUUGAAAGAUUAGAGGAUCUCAAAGAACAACUGGCUCCCCUGGAAAAGGUACGAAUUGAGAUUAGCAGAAAAGCUGAGAAGAGGACCACUUUGGUGCUAUGGGGUGGCCUUGCCUACAUGGCCACACAGUUUGGCAUUUUGGCCCGGCUGACCUGGUGGGAAUAUUCCUGGGACAUCAUGGAGCCAGUCACCUACUUCAUCACUUACGGAAGUGCCAUGGCAAUGUAUGCAUAUUUUGUAAUGACACGCCAGGAAUAUGUUUAUCCAGAAGCCAGAGACAGACAAUACUUAUUAUUUUUCCAUAAAGGAGCCAAAAAGUCACGUUUUGACCUAGAGAAAUACAAUCAACUCAAGGAUGCAAUUGCUCAGGCAGAAAUGGACCUUAAGAGACUGAGAGAUCCAUUACAAGUACAUCUGCCUCUCCGACAAAUUGGUGAAAAGGAUUGAUCUGCAAAGAGCCUCUGAAUCCUGGCAAAAAGAACACCUGUUUGCCUUUUUAAUUAAAGCAUUACAGGUGGAAGCUGGGAGCCAUGUGGGGGUAGAGGGUUUUUACCUUUAAUUCUAAAACAAAAACAAAAAGGAUCUUGGGGAAGAAAGGAAUGUUAAAAUCUAAGGAUCAGGCAUUGUGGAAUAUAAGCUCAAAGGGCUUAGUGAAUAUUGUCUUAAUCAAGCAUCUCACAGUUUCUGGGUGAAAUGAUGCAAUUAUAUAGUUGAGAGAUUCAUAAAGAAAAAAUGAUGCUGGGGGUGUUUGUUUCUUGCAUCUUCUUUGCAGGGUCAGCAAAACAGUAACACACCAGCACCCUACUCAGCUCUAAUUUUUUUUAUUUAUCCUUUCUUAUUUUUGACAUAGGAGUAAAUAAAUAUACCAGAAAAGCAAAUCCUCAUGAUAUGUGGGUGGCAAACAGUCUGAACCCGUAUCAUUAGCAUUUAUUUUAAAUUGGACCCAGUCUCUGCAAAGUCACCAAGAAUCUCUCCCUCCUGUAGCCCUUUACUGACUACCUACCUAUACCUGCUACACUAAUUUUAAUUGGAACUAACUUAUGACUGUUUAAUAAUUGACACUUUGUAUUAUCCCUUAAUACCUUCUUAAAUGUCUAUAUAUCCCAGUGCUCUGAAUCAGUAUCUAGAAAUCAUUGACAACACUGCAUGAGGUUUUAUUGUUUUGUUUUGUUUUGACUAAGUAGUCUUUCAGAGGAGGAAACAUUCCCCUCCUUUAUAUACCUAUCCCAUUGAUAAUCCCCUCUCCUUCCACAACUCAAGUCAGAGGGGGAGUGUUCAGCUGUAUUACCAAAUCAGGAAGAUGUGAAGUUUACAAAUUGGCUAAAAAUCACAGCUGUGUAGCCAUUUCAGAACCAGAAUAAUUUUAUUAUUGUUAAUCUGCGUGUGUGACAGCAUCCAGGCCAGCCAGAUGGCACUGCCUUGUCUGGAGGCUUUGUUCAUCUCGAAGGACACACACUUCCACACUGUUUGUGAGCCCUCCCACCUCCACAACUUCAGUGUUGUAGAUCAAGUGUGUGGAUCUCCAAGGGUGCAAUUUAUCUUUAUACAGGAACACAUUUCUAUGGCUUCCUUCCGCUUACCUUCUUCACCCUAUUUUUUCUUAUCUUAAAUUGAGAGAAAGAAGAAUUAAUCUUAUAUUCUAUCAAAAUGUUUUCUACCAUAUUUCCAGAUGACAUCUACACUUGAAGAGUCAAAGGAAUCUGUGUCUAAUAUCCUGUUUUUAACUACUGUGGGGUAGAAUGGAAAGGAAAGGAUGAUGGGGUUUGCCACACCACUGAUCAGCUUUUUUCUUUCACAUGAUUGAUUCAUCCAUCCUCAUUGUGGCAAGGGGUUUCUUUCUCUUUUUCUUCCUCCUUUGGGAUCAUUGUGUAUCGAAAGAAAAACUUUAAAUGAAAAACCCAGACUCCAGGUGCCUUGCAGAGGUUGAAGUCCAGCCAGGAUCGCUGCUGCUGCUCCUGCCACCACCCUUUUCACUGGCAUGACGGAAUGAAAGGAUGCAUGUCUCCACUUCCCAGCCCUCCGCCCACUUCCUUCCCCCACCCACCCCCAGUCAGUCAGCCCCUUCCCUCAUUUAUUUUUGUUAAGUUGUGUGAAUUAUUUUUAAACCAUUUAUCCUGUUUGUGCACAGGGUUUUUAAGAAGAAACAGCACAGUGCAAUGAGCAAAUCCUCUCGGGGUGUGUGGGAGGCAAGGGAGGGAGGAUAUAGAGAAAAAUCCUUUAAACUAAUAGCAAAAUAUUGAACAUGUGUAAAAUCCUGUAUCAUUUAUGAAAUAUGUAUAAAAAGCAAUGUACCUUCUGGAACAAUAAAUACUUAUUCAAUUUUUGAA